AUUUGAAGUAGCUUUCAGAUAGUAUACACGAUGGAGUCCAUGGAACUGGAGAGUCUCUUGCAGCAGGCAGAACAGCUGUCUGCCUCCAUCGGGGGCACAGAAGACUUCCCCCGACUGGAGAAAAACAUGUGGCAGAUCCUGCAGAACAGUAGUGAUCUCUGGACCAGGACUGGGGCAGUGGGGUCUACUAGUUCAGCUAAGGCCAGUGUCCUGUUAGGGGCGAAAGGAGUGGACGUUGGACAAAUGCAGAGUCAGUUGAAAAGACUUGAAGAGGUUCCAGUGUUGGAGACAGUAUCAGUAGAGUGGACUGAAGAGCAAGACAUGGAGUGUAUUCUCAGGAGAGAGAGACAGAGGAUAGUGGUGGGCUUGAUUGAGGAGACCUCGAGGAGGGUGUUGGAGGACAGCCACAGACGCCACUGGGACUGUAUGAUGAGACAGUGGCACACACACAAACAGAACAUACUCAACACUCUAGUUGCAUCGCAAGACGUGAUGCGGGAUCUGAGCGAAUCGACAAUGGGUGUUCACUCUCAAUUUGACCAACAUUCAGACUCCUCGACAACCCAAAUGAACCUGACGCGAUCUAACUCAUCCUUGCUGGCAACUCCCGGAGGAGGCAAGGAUAGACACGUAGCGUGUCAGAGGAAUCUGACUAGAUUGGAAAUGUUGUAUGCCAGGCAAGUGGCGUGUCUGAAUGAGAAGCACGUGCAACAGGGAACUAUUCCAAAUGCCGCGCUCAUGUUCAAGGAGGUGAGUCUGCAAAGUGAGGAUGCCCUAACUGGUGAAAUAUGGGAGAUGGUCUCCUCUGUUAUCCAAUCCCUCUCCUCCUCCCAACACCCUUCCUCUGGCUCUUCCCUCCUCUCCACUCUGGAUUGCAGAUUGGGAGAGAUUGGUCAAAGUGAACUGGUGAAAACGUCUCUGGACUAUUUGCACAGGAGGUUCAAGAAGUAUGUCCAGACACUGUUGUUCCAGCAGUUGUCCAACACUUCUCUUGGUGGAGCGCCGAGUGUAAUGAAGCUAGCUAAGGCAUACCUGAACACCGCCUUCAAAUCCCUCCCUUCCUCCUGCUCCUUUGAGGACGGAAGAGUGGACGGGUUCCCAGUUUGGGCUUUAGUCUACGUCUGUCUACGAUUGGGUGACGCAGAAUCAGCCCUGGAAGUUGCCCAGAGAGCACCCCAGGGUCUGGGUGAUUUGCAGCCGGUGCUGGAGGAGUAUUACAGGAAUGAUAGUCAAUUGAGUUAUAGUACAGUUGUGGAUCUCACGCUCGCUUACAGGCGUAGUGUGCACAAAAGUAGCGAUUUGUUCAAAAGAGUCGUCUACUGUGUGUUAGGCCAGUGUGACGUCAUGGAGAGCCACUCUGCCAUCUGUGACUCAGUCGAGGACUACCUCUGGCUCAAACUCAGCCAGGUCAGACGUGCAGUCGGUCUCUCAUCUUCUUUUUCGUCCGUGUCUUCUGCUUCUUCUGCAGACAAGCAGCAGUUGGGGAGCGAGGUGUUAAGUAUGGACAAACUGCAGACUCUAAUAGUGGAUCAGUAUGGCACCCAACUCAACAAUCACCUACAGCCCUUUCUCUACUUCCAGGUUUUAUGGCUUUGUGGGCUGUUUGAAGACUCAAUUGAGUUCCUGUUUCGGAACCAACAACUAAGAUGCCAUGCCGUCCACAUAGCACUUGCUCUCCUUGAACAGAACCUGCUUAUCCAAUCAGAUUCAAGCGGCACUUCUGCUUCAGGCGGACAGUUGAUAACUGUGAAAAGAUACAACCAAGUGCAAUAUAAACAGUUGAAUUUCGCCAGACUUGUUAUGCUCUACGUGAAGAACUUCGAAAAGAGCAAUCCGGCUGAGGCUUUGCAGUAUCUUUUCUUGCUUCGAAACUCGCAAACCAUAUCGGGAGUAGGAGGAUCUGUAACUGCUAUGGACAUGUCUUCUCCCUCGUGUGAUAAUCUCUUCUGGCAGUGUGUGGCCGAACUCGCGAUGGAGACGAGAGACUACGCCACACUUUUUGGAACUCGCGAUUUCAGUGAUGUCAGACACGGUGGAUUAAUUGACCGACUGGACCCGGAAAACUCUCUGGCAGUAAUUGGACGUGUGGCGAGUGCAUGUGAGCGACAGGGUCUGCUGGAAGACGCCGUCUACCUGUUCGAUCUGGCAGGACAGAAGGACAGAUCAGUGGACAUUGUGAACAGGAUCCUGGUGCCACUAGUGCCCAGUGUGGACAACAAAGGGGCUGCGAGAGACAGAGUCGUGGGCAUUGCAGUGGAGCUGGCAGAAAGGUAUAGGAAAGUAGGCUUCGUGGGAAACCAGACAGUGUUGAAGACAUUCUACCUGCUGUUGGACUUGGUGACCUUCUUUGACCUCUUCCACUCUCGCAAUCUGGACGAGGCAAUGGAGGUAGCAGAGCGACUGAAUCUAGUACCAGUAGUUGACCAAGCAGUGGGCAUUGAAGGAUCCGGACUGGGUAUGGGGUCCGCAGAUGGAGGCACAGGAGGGAGUAAUGAGAGUGCCCAGCUGGAGCGGAUGCUGAACAACUUCGCCUCUGUGUCUGAGCAGGUCAAACAGUGUCUGCCUCACACCCUGUUGUGUUGCAUGAAGAUCAUUGCUGCUAAAUAUGCCAAGCUGGCAAACUCUGGCGUUAGUUCCACUCUGCCCUCCGGUCUCACCCCCGCCUCCCGCUCGGGUGGGGACAAAAGACGCCAACUGAGGAUUCAAGCUCGACUGCUGACUACUUUUGUGGGUCGAAUACCUUACACUCUACCAUCACACAUCAACUCACAAUUGGCACAAAUGGAACUGGAAAUGAACUGAGAUGACCUUUGUUGGUUGUUCACAUUUGAACUGUUAGUGUUACUGAUGGUGUCCACCGAAUGAUGAUAAAUGUAUUCUUAUUGUGUUUGAUCCCAAAACUAUAGCGAUAAUUGGUUGACAGAAUGUUCGAAAACUUAGCGUCUGAAUGCGAUGAACCCAAUAGCGAGACAUUAAUGCCAAUGUUUCUAACGAUUGUGAAGUUUUCCAAAAAACACAGAUACGUGAUAAUGAAAAUUGUGAAUGAAAAACUCAACUUUCUUUUGAUUUUGAUUGAUAGUGAUUUAUCUUUUUGUCUGUUAAUUUAUUUUAAU